AAACAAAAAAAAAAAAUGGCAUUAAUUUUUAGUGAAUUCACAUUAAAACUUUUUGGUGUUUUAUUUAUUAUUUUAAGUGGUUUUUAUAUUUACUUUAAAUUUGUUUUAUAUACAUAUUGGCGAAAACAAGGAAUUCCAUAUUUAGAGCCUGUGAUACCUGUUGGUAAUUUUUUGAAUCUUGUGAGAAAAAAAUGUCACAUAGGCGAAACAUUUGCCGAUGGUUAUGAAAAAAUGAAAAAUAAUAAAAUUUUUGGAAUGUAUACAUUUCAUAAACCAUGUUUAUUAAUUGUUGAUCCCAAUUUAAUUCGUUGUGUUUUAACAAAGGAAUUUACAAGUUUUCACGAUCGCGGUGUUUAUUGUAAUGAACAAGUUGAUCCAUUAUCGGGAAAUUUAUUUUUUCUACCUGGAAAAAAGUGGAAAAAUUUAAGGACAAAAGUGAGUCCAGCAAUAACGCCAGGAAAGAUAAAACUUAUGUUUUGUUGUUUAAAGGAUCGUGGAAUAAUAUUGAAUCAAUUUUUACAAGAAAAAUCACAAAAUGGAUCUAUUGUUGAGGUACAAGAAUUAUUUGCAAGAUUCACUACUGAUGUGAUAAUGAACACGGUGUUUGGAGUGAAUUGCAAUACAUUGCAAAAUAAAGAUAAUGAAUAUCGUUAUUGGGGAAAACAAGUUUUUGAGCCACACACCUUUAAAAAUGCAAUUGGAUUUUUUGCGCCACAAAUUUUGCAUUUUUUUUCAAUACCAUUUAACGAUGUGGGAGUGCAAAAAUUUUUUAUAACAGUUUUCGAAAAUACAGUUAAACAUCGAUUAAAUAAUAAUAUCAAAUGUAAUGACUUUAUGGAUCUUAUUAUUCAAUUAAUGAAAAAUGGACGUGUUAAUGAUGAUAAUGAAUUACCUACUCAAAAUAAUUCAGAAUUUUUCCCAGACGACAAUAAGGAUAAUAUAACAAUGGCCGAAGGGGCAGCACAGGCUUAUAUUUUUUUUUUGGCUGGUUUUGAGACGUCAUCAACAACGGCUGCUUUUUGCUUAUAUGAAUUAGCAAUUAAUCAAGAAAUGCAAGAAAAAGUGAGAGAUGAAAUUUUUUCCAAAUUAGGAGAAACCAAUCAACUUAGUUAUGAUAGUCUCAAUGAAAUGACAUAUCUUCAUAAAGUUAUUUUAGAAACAUUGAGGAAAUAUCCACCGGUCUCAUUAUUAAAUCGCGUAUGCACUGAGACAAUUAAAUUGCCCAAUACGGAUAUAAUUAUUAAUAAAGGAAUUGAUCUUGUUAUUCCAGUUCUUGGAAUUCACAGGGAUCCUAAUAUAUAUCCUAAUCCAAUGAAAUUUGAUCCCGAAAGAUUUAAUGAAGAAAAUAUUGCAUCAAGACAUCCAUAUGAAUUUUUACCAUUUGGUGAAGGACCAAGAAUAUGUAUUGGAAUGAAACUUGGAUUAAUACAAGUGAAAGUAGCGAUUAUCAAUUCAUUAAGAAAUUGUCGUGUUUCAGUAGGACCAAAUACACCGAUACCAAUGCCAAUUAAUAAUGAAAAAAUGGCAUAUGCACCAAAAGUUGGUGUUCAUCUUAAAGUUGAAAUAAUGGCAAUUAUUUCCAUUUAUAUUGUUAUGAAAAUCAUGGGAGCAUUAAUUUUGGCUCUAGGUGGAUUAUAUUUGUAUUUUAAAUUGUUUUUGUAUAAUUUUUGGCGAAAACACAAUAUACCCUAUUUAGAGCCAUCGGUACCAAUGGGAAAUCUAGCUCCAGUUGUUACGGGAAAAAUAAACGUGGCAUUUUGUUAUCAGGAUGCCUAUGAGAAAUUCAAGAAAAAUCGAUUAUUUGGAAUGUAUACAUUUCACAAACCUAGUUUAGUUGUUGUUGAUCUUGAUAUUGUGAGGACAAUAUUGACCAAGGAAUUUGCACAUUUUCACGAUCGUGGACUUUAUUGUCAUGAAAAAGUUGAUCCUCUCACUGGACACAUUUUCUCCUUACCUGGACAAAAAUGGAGAAAUUUACGUGUUAAAAUGACACCAACAUUUACAUCGGGUAAAAUGAAACAAAUGUUUGACGCCGUUAAAGAGAGAGGUGAAAUUUUAAAUAAAUUUUUGAAUAAUAAAGCACAUGAUAAGUCAAUUAUUGAAAUUAAAGAUAUUUUUGCAAGAUUUGCAACUGAUGUAAUAAUGAGCACAUCGUUUGGAGUAAAUUGUGAUAGUUUAACAAAUCCUGAUUGUGAAUUUCGUUAUUGGGGUAAAAAAAUUUUUGAUCCAGCGCCAGUAAAAAAUACACUUUCCUUUUUUGCUCCACAUGUUUUGUAUUUUUUGAAUAUUCCUUUUUUCUCCAUGGAUGUGAGAAAUUUUUUUAUGUCUAUUUUUAAAAAAAAUACCGAAUAUCGAACAAAGAAUAAUGAGAGAAGAAAAGAUUUUAUGGAUCUUUUGGUGCAAUUGAUGAAUAAAGGAUGCGUUGAGGGAGAUGAUGGUGCGCCACCAACUCACAUUUCAGAUUCAAUGGAUGGUAAAAUAACAUUUGAAGAAGCUGCAGCUCAAGCAUUUGUAUUUUAUCUUGCUGGUUUUGAAACGUCAUCAACAACAGCAACAAAUUGUAUUUAUGAAUUAGCUCAAUAUCCGGAAAUACAAAAUAAAGUUCGUGAAGAAAUUAAUUCAAAGAUAAAAAAUGACAGCGAUCUUACGUACGAGUGUCUAAAUGAUAUGCCGUAUUUGAAUAAAGUUGUUUGCGAAACUUUAAGGAAACAUCCACCAGUGGCAAUUUUAAAUCGAGUCUGCACUAAGGAUAUUGAUCUACCAACAACUAAUUUGCAUAUUAGCAAGGGUGUAGAUGUAGUAAUUCCAGUUCUUGCAAUUCAACGAGAUCCAAAUAUUUAUCCAGAUCCAAUGAAAUUUGAUCCCGAAAGAUUUAGCGAGAAAAAUAUUGCCAAUCGACAUCCAUAUGCAUAUCUUCCUUUUGGAGAAGGACCGAGAAUAUGCAUUGGAAUGAGAUUUGGCUUAGCGCAAACAAAAGUUGCUUUAAUUAAUGCCUUGAAAAAUUAUCGAUACACUUUAGGACCAAAUCAACCAGUACCUUAUUCUGUCGAUCCAGGAAGUCUUGUUUUUGGAGCAGACACUUUACACGUGAAAAUUGAAAAAUUUUUAGUGCCGUUACUGUGUUUUAAUAAAAAAAAAAAAUAUUUAAUAUAUAAAAUAUUAAAAAUAAUAGUUAAUUUUUUAUUUCAAACAUUUUUAAUUAAUAUAAUCGUGAAUGUAAAAAACGAAAGUAAUAUGGCGGUAUUUUUAAAUAAUUUUACUAUAGAAUUUAUUGGUGCUGUGAUAGUAAUACUCUUCGGUGUUUAUUUAUAUUUUAAAUUAUUUUUAUACAAUUAUUGGCAAAAAAAUGGAGUUCACUAUAUAAAACCAAUAGUACCAGUGGGAAAUAUUUUAAGGGCAGUUAUUGGAAAGGAUCAUAUUGGUGUUUGCUUUAAGCAAGCCUAUGAAAAAAUGAAGAAAUAUAGAUUAAUUGGACUCUAUACAUUUCACAAGCCAAGUUUGUUAAUAGCCGAUCUUGAUUUAAUAAAAAUAGUGUUAACCAAAGAAUUUACACAUUUUCAUGAUCGUGGACUUUAUUGUAAUGAAGUAUUUGAUCCUCUUUCGGGACAUCUUUUUUUAAUAGGGGGACAAAAGUGGAAAAAUUUACGCUCUAAAUUAACGCCAACUUUUACUUCAGGAAAAUUGAAAAAAAUGUUUGGAAUUAUAAAAGAAAAGGGUGAUGACUUGUGUGAAAUUUUAGAAAGUGACGCUCAAAAUCGAGAAAUUAUUGAAGUGAGAGAAAUGAUGGCAAGAUUUGCGACUGAUGUAAUAUUUUCAACAGCAUUUGGAGUAAAUUCACAAAGUCUUGAAAAUCCAAAAAGUGAAUUUCGUUAUUAUGCAAAAAAAAUUUUAGAAGUAAGUCCAGUAAAAAUUGCUCUUGCAUUUUUUGCGCCACAAAUUUUGGAUCUUCUUAAAAUUCCCCUUAUCGAAAGAUCUAGUAGCAAAUUUUUUAUCAAAGUUUUCACAGAAGCAUUUGAACGUAGAGUAAAGAAUAAUGUAAGAAAAACAGAUUUCUUAGAUCUUCUAAUACAACUUGUUAACACUGGCCAUUUAGAAGAAGAUGAUGAAUCAGAAACUGCAACUAUUUCCGAUUCAUUACAGGGUAAAAUUACAAUGUUAGAAGCAGCUGCACAAGCAUUUGUUUUUUUUAUCGCUGGUUUCGAAACAUCAUCAACAACAGCUUCACAUUGUUUAUAUGAAUUGGCUGUUCAUCAGGAAAUACAAGAGAAAGUUCGCGAAGAAAUUAAAUCAGUUUUGGAAGAAUAUGGCCAACUUAAUUAUGAAAGUUUGAAUAGAAUGACAUAUCUUCAUCAAUGUGUUUCUGAAACUAUGAGACUAUAUCCAGGAUUGGCCUUCUUGAAUCGAGUCUGUACAAAGGAUAUUGAUUUACCAACAACUAAUUUACAUGUGAAAAAAGGUGUCGAUGUUGUUAUUCCAGUUUUGGGAAUUCAUUUAGAUUCGGACAUUUAUCCGGAUCCCUUGAAAUUUGAUCCUGAAAGAUUUACAGAAGAAAAUAUUGCAGCUAGACAUUCAUAUGCUUAUUUGCCAUUUGGUGAAGGUCCAAGAAUUUGUAUUGGAAUGAGAUUUGGUUAUGCGCAAACAAAAGUAGCGUUGAUCAGUAUUUUAAAUAAAUUUCGAGUCACUCUGGGACCAAACACACCUGUACCACUUGUAAUUGAUCCACUUUCAAGUAUCACGUAUUCAUCGAAAAAAAUACAUUUGCGCAUUGAACCCUUGUAAAUAGUAAUUAGAAAAUUGACAAAAAUUUCAUAAACUUGUAAUUAUUUGCAAAUCACGAUAUUGUAUAAUAUUCUGAUAUUAAACGCUUUCAUAAUUGGUGAUGAAAAAUAAGAAAAUUAAUUUAUUACGUAAUGUCUAAACGAUGAUAUAAACUGAUUAUUAUAAACACAU